AUAUCAUAUGGUCCGUUUUCAGUAGAUAACGAAAACCACGUCGGGGAGGAUUUUACUAGGUUGGCAAAGUUCGGAAAUGAUGCAUUAAAUCAUUUUUAUUUUUUUGUAAAGAAACUUCAGGAAAACGAACAAAUGAUUAAACUAUUAGAUGACUUAAAAAUCAUUUUACUGUGGACCGUUUCGAAAAAUGGUACCAUAUCUAACGGUCAAGUUACCGAUUAUAAUGUGCGAUCUUCUCUAAUUAUUAAAAGUAUUCAAAUAAUUAGUAUGGUCAAUGACAUGGUAAAACGAAGACAGUUACUAGAAGAAACAAAAAUAAGUGAUGAUGAUACUGUAACUUCUGUUUUCACGCCUGAAAGCUGA